GUGCCGUUACAAAGGCUAAAAUGUGAACAGCUGACAUUGGGAGAGAGAGGGAGAGAGAGAGAGAGGAGGCUGGAGGAGGAUGGGACGGUGGGCGGAGACACACGCUACAUUUGUCUUGGAAAUAGUCACCCGCGCUGUACUAUCCGUCAUAUUCCUAGAGCUGGAGAAUGCCUCACCUUUUGUGCGCAAGAUUCACCGGGAUGAGCUGUGGCUGUACAAGAACCCCCGCACCCCCUCUUAUGUCCCCAACGGCCUGCUGUGGCCCCUAGUGUUCCUGGUGCCGACAAGUAUCAUGCUGCUCUACUACCUGGUAAAGAGGGACAGGACGGAGCUCACCCAGGGUCUCCUCGCCUUCUCCCUCGCGCUGGGUCUCAAUGGGGUCGUUACGGAUAUCAUCAAGCUCUUCGUGGGCCGGCCCCGCCCAGACUUUUUCUACCGGUGCUUCCCGGAUGGGCGGCCUGACCUGGAUGACCUGGUGGAUAUUGGGUCGGCCUGUACCGGGGAGCAAAUGACCAUACAGGAGGGCAGGAAGAGUUUUCCGAGCGGCCAUUCCUCCUUCUCCUUCUGCAGCUUGGGGUUUCUGAGCCUAUGGAUAUGUGGCAAACUGGGGGUGUUCAAGCCACGGCGAGGGCAGGGGUGGAAGCUGGUGAUGGCCCUGGUGCCCCUCGUGGUGGCCCUCAUGGUGGCCCUCUCCCGCACCACAGACUACCACCACCACUGGCAGGACGUCCUGGUGGGGUCAAUGCUCGGCCUCCUCAUCUCCUACGUCUGCUAUCGCCAGUACUACCCUCGUCUUUCCUCUCCUCACUCCCACCUCUCUUAUCUAAUGGUGCCCUCCGUCCUCACGCCCAAGCAGAACGGGGGCACCAGCAGAGGCAGUAGUCACACCCAGCAGUACAUUGACCCUGAGUCCCCCAUGGAAGAGCAGGUCAAGUGGAUGUGAGGUCAUGCUAGGUCGUGUCAAGGCUUGUUUGUGUGUGUUCUUGUUUUUUUUUUUUUUUUUUUUUUUUUGUAAGAUUGUGUUGAUUUGUAAGGUUGUGUGGGUUGAUUGUGUGUGUGUGUGUUUGUGUGUUUUGUUUUAUUUAUUUUAUUUAUUUUUGUCUUCCUUUGUCUGUCCAUCUACCAGUGUGUUUAUGUCUCUAUAAUUUUACGUAAUUUUGUAUUAUAAUGAUGAAAACUUUCCUUAUUAAGCUUUAUCAUCCAGGUAAGAUAUAGGUUGUAAUUUUCUGUUUUAUCUAUCAUUAUAUUUAUCUAUCAUAUAUAUUUCUAUCUAUCUUUGUUAUAUUUUUUUCUGGUAUACUUUAGUCAUAUUAAUCUGGUGCUCUCUCUCUCUCUCUCUCUCUGUAAGCCUAUCUAAGUUUAUAUUUAUUUAUUUACCUAUUUAUUUAAGCACCAUUCAUAAGGAUUCAUAACAACAAAACGCCGCCCAUCAUGAAACAUUUCGUCUAAAAAUUCCAAUCACGUUCCAUUCAUGUUUUGUGUGUGUGUGUGUGUGUGUGUGUGUGUGUGUGUGUGUGUGUGUGUGUGUGUGUGUGUGUGUGUGUGUGUCAAAAAUAAUUACUGGUUCCAUUCCACCCCAUUCCAGCUACAUACAUCUACAAAAACAAGCAAACCUAUAUAGAAAGCAUUUUUAUAUAUUUCUUACACUAUACAUGACUGACGACAGCCUUGCGGGGGCCAACAAGUAUGUUUCUGUUUGUUCUACCUUGGUGUUCCCUUGUGUUCAUAUGCUCUACCCAUGUACAACAUUACGUUUUUUUUUCAUUUUUUUUAUUAUAUAGAUUUUUUUUUUUUUUUAUCCUAUACUGUAUUCAUUAUGAUAUUAACUCAGUCCUCAUGUGUCCGUGUCGCCGUGGUGAGAAAAUUUGAAUAAUUAUUAUUAUUUUUCAUAUAACUGACGUGUUUGGUGAAUAAAAUACAUGACAAAU